AAAUAAAAUAAACCCACGUUAGUGAAAUAAUAUUUCUACUUGCACAGGAAUUUUGUUUUAGUAAAAGAGGUAAAGGAACGGAAAAGUUGCGAAAAGUCACGUAGGCCCCAAAUUUAUUCGCGCGUGUUUAUUUUUGAAAAAAUAAUAUAACCCCAAGAGCUAUUGCUUUUUUAAACAUUUCUACUGCAUAAUGAUCUACUGAAAAUGGAAGAUUUGAUGCUGAAUCCGGGUGUUGUAGUGGUUCGCGCGAAGCCAGAAGGGCAAAGAAAAACUUUUAAACCUGCGAUACGGUCUGUGAAUAAAAUACCUGAUGAAUUAUUAAAUGAUCCCUUAUUAAAUAGAGCAUGUGAGUCACUACCGCAAAAUUACAAUUUUGAAAUUCACAAAACAAUAUGGAGAAUACGAUCUUUAGGAGCGAAGAGAGUAGCUCUACAGUUACCUGAAGGUUUGACAAUGUUCGCAACAACGUUAUGCGACAUUAUUGAAACAUUUACUACUGCUGAUACUGUGAUAAUGGGGGACGUGACUUACGGCGCUUGUUGUAUUGAUGACUUUACCGCGUUAGCCCUCGGCGUGGACCUAUUAGUGCAUUAUGGACAUUCUUGCUUAAUACCAAUAGAUCAAACAGGUAACAUCAAAGUGCUCUAUAUAUUUGUAGAUAUAAAGAUUGAUCCGUCACACUUUUUAGAGACAAUUAGAUUAAAUUUUCCAAAGAAGACUCAUUUAGCUAUAGUUAGUACAAUUCAAUUUGUAACAACACUACAUUCUGUAGCUAAGAAUCUCCGCAGUGAAGACUAUAUUGUAACAGUUCCACAAUGUAAGCCACUGUCACCUGGAGAGAUACUGGGCUGUACAGCGCCUAAGUUACAAUCUGAUGUAAUCAUUUACUUAGGCGAUGGUAGAUUUCACUUAGAAUCAGUGAUGAUAGCCAAUCCUACUAUCCCAGCUUAUAAAUAUGAUCCAUAUGAAAAGAAAUUUACUUCCGAAGUAUAUGAACAUAAACAGAUGCAAACAAAUAGACAUAACCAGUUGAAAACGGCAGAAAGUGCUGGUAAAUUUGGACUCAUAUUAGGUACAUUGGGAAGACAAGGUAGUACAAAAGUGUUAGGUAAUUUAGAAAAGCAAAUACAAAACUCUGAUAAGAAAUAUGUAAAGAUAUUACUCUCAGAAAUAUUUCCCAGCAAGCUUGCAAUGUUUGAAUUAGAUGCAUUUGUUCAGGUUGCUUGUCCCAGAUUAUCUAUUGAUUGGGGCACAGCAUUUCCGAAGCCUUUGCUUACACCAUAUGAGUUUUCUGUUGCAUUGGGUAAUUCUAAAUGGUUGAAAGAUGAUGGUACAUACCCAAUGGAUUUUUAUUCAUAUGAUAGCCUUGGUCCUUGGACACCUAACUACAAGCCGGUAUUGUGUAGUGGGACGGACAAGAAGUGUGAUAAUUGUUGUGGAGGUAAAGACAAAUAA